UCAGUGAUGGAGGGAGAUUCUGUUACUCUACAAAGUUUUACUAAACUACAGAGAGAUGAAGUGAUAGAGUGGAGUUUUGAAGUGCAAGGGUCUCGCACAGUUAUAAUCAAUAAAGCAGCAAAUAAAAUCUCAAUAUAUCAUGAUGAUCUUGGUGGGGGAUUUAAAGACAGACUGCAGAUGAAUGAUGAGACUGGAGAUCUCACCAUCACAGACAUCACAACUCAACACGCUGGAUUUUAUAAAUUCAUGAACACGGACAGUUACUACGCCAGAUUCACUGUUACUGUCUAUGCUCCUCUGCCCGUUCCUGUCAUCACUAGUAACUCUUUACAAUGUUCUUCAUCAUCAAGCCCAAAUUGUUCCUUGUUGUGUUCAGUGAUGAAUGUGACAGAUGUGAGAGAUGUGAGGCUCUCCUGGUACAAAGGAAACAGUUUAUUGUCCAUCCUCCGUGUGUCUGAUCUCAACAUUUGGAACAUCUCUCUACCUCUGGAGGUUGAAUAUCAGGAUACAAACACAUACAGAUGUGUGGUGAACAAUCCCAUCAGUAAUCAGACUCAGCAUCUCAACAUUGCUCAACUCUGUCAGCCGUGUUCAGAUUGUGUCAGCUGUUGUGAUACUAUUGAAGUUGUGAUCCGAUUGGCCGUCUCCGCUCUGGUGGGCGUGGCUGCUGUAGCUGUUCUGAUUUAUGACAUCAGAUCCAAAAGAGAAGAUCAUAGACAUCAGCAAACACAAAACUUCAUCUAG